ACCACCAAGUUUCACUUUUGCUCAGAGCUGUGACGAGAGCAAAAAUACAUGUUGAAAUCAUGGAAAAGAGAGAAACCCGACCACGAUACUUUCUUGGUUUACUACAGAAAUUAUCCUCCAUGACAUCCAGAGAAUAUUAUGGCAUAGAAAUAAACCUAAUGAUUGAUUCAAUUUCUAAUGUAUCUGUUGAUGUCAUCGUUAACAGCACCAACGAACAUCUCCAGCUUGACAGUGGUGCUAUUUCCAAAUUAAUUCUCAAUGCUGCUGGUCCACAGAUACAAAGGGAAUGUAACAGGAAAUAUCCUCAAGGUAUUUCAAUAUAUGAAAUAGCCGUCACUAAAGGAUAUAACCUCAAAUGUGAGAAUGUAUUUCAUCUGGUAUUACCUCCCUGGGAUGAAACUUUUUCUCAUUCAAUUCUGGUAAACUUGACUCAAAUAAUAACCAUUUGUCUGGAAGAAGCUGAGGAAUUGGGAGCAAAAAGCCUUGCAUUUCCUAUAUUAGGAGCUGGAAAAUUGAAGUACCCCAUUGAAAACCUACCCAGAACUAUGUAUGAAGCAGUGAAAAACUACUCAAUUCAAAAUUCAAGCCAGAUCAAAGAUGUUUACUUUGUGGUUUAUCCUCAAGACACAGAAAUAGUAACGAAAUUUAAAGAAUAUUUCCAAGAAAUUUUAACAGAUGGUUCAACUGCAUCAUCAGCUUCAACCAAGUCUGAACCAGAGAAGUCACAGAAGAAAAAAUUUAGGCAUCGAAAUGUGAAAAAAGGUGUGCACAGGCUUUGGAGAAAAUUCUGGCCUUUUGAAAAGAACAAAGAAUUGGUCCCUGUUACAUGGUCACUAAUGGGAGACAAAGAAUUAUUUAAAACUGUUAAAGUCACAAAAGGACCAGAAUAUGAUGACAUCCGGGCCACUUUCCGUCGGAAUUUGCCUUCCUAUCGUAUAAUCAAAAUUGAGAGAAUUCAAAAUAAAACAUUGUACCAGGGAUACCAAGCAUUGAAAAAAAAGUUUGAGGCAGAAAAUCCAAAGAUUACAAAUGAAGUUGAUGGCCUUUGGCAUGGUACUGCUGAAGGAGCUGUUGAGGGAAUAAAUAAAUCAGGAUUCAACCGUAGCUAUUGUGGUAGAAAUGCCACAGUAUUUGGUGAAGGUGUUUAUUUUGCCAAAGACAUCCAAUAUUCUGCAAAUGAUACCUAUUCUACUCCUGACCAUCACGGAACAAAGAGAAUAUACCAAUGCAGUGUUCUUGUGGGAAAAGUGAUGCGAGGACAACACGGAUUAAAAGUCUUACCGGAUUCAUACAAUUCUGCUGUUGAUAAUAUUCAAAGACCCAGUAUUUAUGUUAUUUUCCAUGACUCUCAAGCAUAUCCUAAAUAUUUGAUUACAUUCUCUAAUUAGUGAAUAUAAUUGGAAUUCAUAAAACACAUAUAAUGUGAACAGGAAUAUAUUUAACAGAAGAAAGACUAAGAAAAUACA